GUCCCAGGCCGGGGCUUGACGUCACAGCCCGCCUCCCGGGCUGCGAGGAGUAGUGAGCGCCACCGUCCGCCCUCCCGGCUCGCGGCGCGCUCGCCAGCUGCCUGGGCGGCGAGUUUUCCUCGCGCAGCCCCUCCUCCCGCCCUCCCCCGCCGAGAGCCGAGCUGCGGCCCCAGAGCUUCUCACAAGUCGCUCGCACACUUCCCCGUCGGCGCCCCGGAGGCGCAGCCGCUCCUGCGCGCGCCUCCACCGACACCGCUAUCUCAGCCGCCGCCGCGCCGCGCCGCCCAGCUCCACAUCCGCGCGUCGCUCCCCCGAUGGAGCUCGGGCGCCGCCGACGCCGCCGCUGCCCUGAGCUCUGAGCCAGGCUGCCCCGGCGGAGGGCAAAGGCGGGCGCACGCCGAGGGCCCGCGGGCUCCGGGAACCAGAAAGUGCUGCUCUCCCGGGUCACCUGGCCGGCGGCGAAGGGACCAUGGCUCUGAAGGACACGGGCAGCGGCGGCAGCACCAUCCUGCCCAUUAGCGAGAUGGUCUCCUCAUCCAGCUCGCCUGGCGCUCCGGCGGCCGCCGCUGCCCCGGGGCCCUGCGCGCCCUCGCCCUUCCCCGAGGUGGUGGAGCUGAACGUGGGUGGCCAGGUCUAUGUGACCAAGCACUCGACGCUGCUCAGCGUCCCGGACAGCAUUCUGGCCAGCAUGUUCUCGCCCUCGAGUCCCCGGGGCGGCGCCCGGCGCCGGGGCGAGCUGCCCAGGGACAGCCGGGCGCGCUUCUUCAUCGACCGAGACGGCUUCCUCUUCAGGUACGUGCUGGACUACCUGCGGGACAAGCAGCUGGCGCUGCCCGAGCACUUCCCCGAGAAAGAGCGGCUCCUGCGCGAGGCCGAGUACUUCCAGCUCACCGACCUGGUCAAGCUGCUGUCGCCCAAGGUCACCAAGCAGAACUCGCUCAACGACGAAGGCUGCCAGAGCGACCUAGAGGACAACGUUUCGCAGGGCAGCACCGACGCGCUGCUGCUCCGUGGGGCGGCGGCCGCCGCGCCCUCGGGCCCCGGAGCGCACGGCGGCGGCGGCGCGCUGGACAAGCGCUCCGGCUUCCUCACGCUGGGCUACCGCGGCUCCUACACGACCGUGCGCGACAACCAGGCGGACGCCAAGUUCCGGCGAGUGGCGCGCAUCAUGGUGUGCGGGCGCAUCGCGCUGGCCAAGGAGGUCUUCGGGGACACGCUGAACGAGAGCCGCGACCCCGAUCGGCAGCCCGAGAAGUACACGUCCCGCUUCUACCUCAAGUUCACCUACCUGGAGCAGGCGUUCGACCGCCUGUCGGAGGCCGGCUUCCACAUGGUGGCGUGUAACUCGUCGGGCACGGCCGCCUUCGUCAACCAGUACCGCGACGACAAGAUCUGGAGCAGCUACACCGAGUACAUCUUCUUCCAGAGGAGAUCAACCCCAGAAGAGUUAAGUGACUUGUACAAAGGGAGAGGGAAAAAGAAACUGAACCAGCUUGUUUACUCCCAAAGUACCUGCAACAAUCUGAAACAAGGAGCCAAAUCUAGGAAUCUAAAACUCAAUGUAGGUCUUCCACAUGGAUGACAGAGAUGCAACAACAUGAGCUAUCACCUGCUGCCUGCUAUGGUACACAUUAAUGGGAAUAUGGAUUCAGAGGUAGAUGGAGUUCCAAUCUAGGCACUCUGAUCUGGGACACAUGGGUGUCCUAACUGGUACCUAAAUUCUUGGCCAAAUGCUCUCCCUCUUAUUCCUUUUUUUUUUUUAAAGCUUUCCAUGUAUUUUCUUAAACCAAAAGAAGAUUUUUAAAAUUUCAGUAACAGAUUUCUUAUUUUUUAGUACAGCAUUCCUUCAUUUCAAUAUUAAACAUAGUACUGUUGCAAUGAAAUCACUGUACGUGUUAUUCUCAAGACCUGGAAAUUUGCAAACCAUUUUCAGAAAUCAAAUUUCUUUGGCAUCUUGUAAAUAUCAUAUAAGUAGCAACAAUUUUUUUUCUUUAUAAAUAGUCAUUCAAUAUAGUUGAUAAUAUUUAUAGAGCAUCCACUCUAUGCAGGGUAUUGUGUCUUCAUAUAGGCUUGUUUGGGAAAUGCACAAAGGUAAUCAAAAGCAAAUCUUACUUUAAAUAAAAACUUCAUUUAACAGUUAAAAAGAAGACUCAUUUCAAAGCCAGUGAAGUUUUUUCUCUCUCUAUUUUUUUUUUUUGCUUCUGUUUACUUCUUUAAUGAAGCAGAUACUUUCUUAUCCCCUUUUUUUUUUUAACAAAUGUGAUUAUCAACUAAGUUCACCAGAACUCAGGACCUCACAUCUUCAAGGACUCUGCAGUUUCCAGAUGCCUUCAUAAUCAAUGUGUGAAUUCUGCAGGCAGAUUAGAAUGGGCUUGUUUCUUGGACUGCCCUUACAGAGUUUUACUAUGGAGCAUAUACUGAACUAGAAAUUAUAUUUGGCUCUUCCUUAAAGUAGCCAGAAAACUUUCCUUUGGGGAUUGUUUCUAGAACCCUAAAUAUGAUUUAAUUAGAAAUAUAAAUGUAACAAUUACUAUAGUCUAAAUAAUCUGUGUACAGACAAUUACAGAGACUAUUUAUGCUAAAGAAAUUCUCCCUCUUUUUUCCACUUUCAUUCCAGUGUAGAGUCCUUGUAUGCUGGUAAAUACUCUGACCCCCUCCUCCCUUAACCAGAAAUGCAUCUUUUCAUUCCAUGUCUUCCUUACAUUGAAGUGUAUCCCCAUACAACUUGGAGUCGUUGAUGCAGAAAACCUAGAUAACCAUCUUUUUUGCAUGCAGCGUUGCAAAAAAGGACAGAAAGAACUGAGCAAUGUUUAUACUGAUGAUUCACGGAAGUCCAGUCAGGUGUAAAAUCAAGUUAGAAGCAGCCCAGUGCACAUCCCAAAGUGUGCCAGAUUAUAAGAUUUCUAGAAAGUGUGUUUUCCCGAUGAUUUUAGAAAUUUUGAUCCUUUCUCAAAAUGUCACCAUUGUACUUCACAUUUAACUAUAGCCUUGGUUGAGAUUGCUUUUUACAAGGCAAGUGAUUUUGGAAAUACUCUUAUACAAAGAUGAGUCUAACAAGAUUUAUGGCUUGUUGUUUCUGGGCUUACUUCUUUAACUUAUAGUUUACAUAACAGCUUUCUGCUCAAAAAACCUGUUCCUCUUCUGAGUGCCAAAAUCCACAUCUAUCUUUUUGUUGCUGAAUAAUUACAAUGGUCAGGAGAUGUAAAGCUUGAGUUAUUCUUCCCAUAAUUAAAGGGAUCUUUCAUACACUCGGAUGUGGUCCUCCAUGUAAUCUCACCAAAAAGCAUUCAUGCCCCUGGGUAUCAGUGGAAGUUGGCUGAAUUCCAGAGUAUGUCUCAUGCAGAAUCCAAUUUGCCUUUCAGAAGAGUAUAAGCCAGGAGUUGAAGACACUGUUCCGGAAGCUCUAUAUGAUAUCUGUGGAAAUCCUGGUUUUAUUCUUAAUCUCACCAGCUGAGCAUGAUGGCCUGUAUCAGAGGCCUUCAGCUCAGGCUGUCUUGAUAAAGAAACUAGAAGAUUUUCUAAAGAAAAGUAUUCUCUCUCUCUUUCAUUAUAUAUAUAUAUAUAUAUAUAUAUAUAUAUAUAGAUGUGUUUGAAUUGAUUCUACAGGCCAACUCAUAUUUGAUCAAGGAUCCAAAACCAAUUCCUGGAGUCUUUUCUCUUCUGACUGUUGAUGUACAAUGUAAUACUUUAUCCAUUUUAGUAUUUUUUUUUUGUUCUAGUAACAUUGGUUGAACUUUGUAAUUAACACACAAUUAUUCUUAGGUGUUUAAAUUUUAACUGAAAAGUGAUCCCUGUUAGGAAUUUGGAAAACAUCAUGUUGAGUGAAAUAAGCCAAUCCCAAAGGGACAAAUACCACUUGUUCUCCUUGAUAGGUGACAACUAACUGAGCACCAAAAAGGAAACCUGUUAAAGUGAAAUGAACACUAUGAGAAACGGCGACUUGAUCAGCCCUCACCCUGACUGUUGAUGAGUAACUUGAUAUGUUAUCCCUCUUAGUAUUUUUUUUGUUUAUUCUACUUAAUACUUUUGGUUGAAUACUGUAAUCAAUACACAAUUCUUCUUAAGUGCUGAAACUUAACUGAAAAGUGAUCGCUGUUAAAUAUAAGAGUGGGAAUAAGAGAGGGAAGAGAUCUGCAAUUCGGGACAUGCUCAAGCUGACUUACCUCAAAUGGUAGAGUUAGAAACAUACCAGGGGAUUCCAAUUCAAUCCCAUUGAGGUGGCAUGUACCAAUGCCAUCUCACUAGUCCCAGUGAUCAAUUUCUGUUCACAAUUGAUCGUAAUGAUAGGACUAAGAACCAAAGAGAUCACAUAAACAAGAAUAGUGUCUGCAAAUACUAGCUGAUAAGAGUCAAAAAGGGAGAGAAUGAUCCAACAUGGGAAGUGAGAUACACAGCAGACCCAUAGAAUGGCAAAUGUCCUAACAGCACUCUGGCCUCAUAAUCAGCCCUUAAGGCGUGCGGAUCUGGCUGAAAUGCCCAUGAGAAGCAUUUCAGGCAUGGAAAGCCAAGGGGGGAAGAAAAAAAAACCUAAAUGAAAGAUCUCUGCGAGUGAGAUCCCAGUGGAGAGAAUGGGUCAUCAAAGAAGGAGGUACCUUUCUCUGAAGGGAGGAGAGAACUUCCACUUUGACCAUGGCCUUGUCUAAAUAUGAUCAGAGUCGGUGAACUCAGGGGGCUUCCAUAGCCUUGGCAGCUCAUGACAAGAGCCUAGGGUGAUUACUGAUGCCAUAAACAAGAGUGUCAAUUUGUUAAGUCAACAACAGGAGUCACUGUGCACUUACUCCUCAUGUAGGAUCUUUGUCCUUAGUGUGCUGUAUGUACAUUGAGAUUUAAUGCUAUAACUAGUACUCAAACAGUAUUUUUCACUUUAUGUUUCUGUGUGGGAGCAAACUGUUGAAAUCUUUACUUAAUAUAUGCUAAACUGAUCUUCCGUAUAUAAAGAGAAAUGAAAAUGAAUCUUGAUGUGAAUGGAAGGGGAAAGGAAGUGGAUAAGGGGAGGGUUGCGGGUUGGAGGGACGUUAUGGGGGGGAAGCCAUUGUAAUCAAUAUUCUGUACUUUGGAAAUUUAUAUUCAUUAAAUAAAAGUUUAAAAAAUUAAAAAAGAUACAACAAAAAAUAUAUAUAUAUAUAGAUGUGUGCAUGUAUAUGUAUAUGCAUAUAAAGUUUAAGAUAGCAACCUACAAUGAUAGUUUAAAAAUUAGUAUGAGGCAUUGUAGUGCAGCAGGUUUAGCUGGUGCCUGUGAUGCUGGUAUCCUGCAUCAGAGUACUACAAGUUCGAGUUCCAGCUGCUUGGCUUCUUAUUCAACUCCCUGCUGAUGCGCCUGGGAAAGCAGCAGAAGAUGGUCCAAGUACUUGGCCGCCUGCCACCCAUGUGGGAGACCUGCAUUACGUUCCAGGAUCCUGACUUUGACCUGGCCUAACCUGAGUUUUAUAGCCAUUUAGGUAGUGGCCAGCAGAUGGGACGUCACUUUCUCUUUUUCUCUUUCUCUUUCUCUUUCUCUUUCUCUUUCUCUUUCUCUGUCUCUGUCUCUGUCUCUGUCUCUGUCUCUCUUUCUCCAUCUCUUUCUCUUUCUGUCUCUGUCUCUUUCUCAUCUUUCUCUCUCCCUGUCUCUCUUUCUCUCUCCCAUGUCUCCUUCCUCUCUCUCUUUCUCUCUUUCCCUGUCUUUCUCCCUUUUUAUUUCUCUAUCACUCUACCUUUCAAAUAAAUAAAAUAAAUCUUAAAAAAUUAUAUCAAAUCCUAAAUAUAUUCAUACGAAUAGUGGUAUAUUUGGUGUUAUUUGCUGUAUUUUACAUAUUCAGUGUAUGGAAACAUAUUUAAAGAGUGUCCGCUCAGAUUAUUGAAUUCAUGGAAAAGAGAAACAUCACCAUUAUUUUUUUCUAUAACUGUCUCAGAAGUUCUCAUAAAUGACACAUUUGAAUACAUGGUAGCAAGGAUUCUCAAUUCAAGCAUGCUUAGGCAAAAAAGUGGGAAUACUGAGAGAAAAUGCCCUUUGUUCUCAUUUUACUAGUAUUUGAAAGUAUAUCUUUCUAAGAUCAGUGAUAGUCUGUCCAUACAUGAUCCCUUGUUGUAAACUUAAUAUACAGCAUGAACAUCACAGCCAUGUGUACAAAACUUGAUAUAAUAAUGGAGAAUAAAUCCAUACAUAUUCUGUUAGCUUUGAGCUGUUUUGAGUGAUUGAUUUAUUGAAUGAUUCAAUAUUUACUCAAUGAAUGAUUUAUUGAGUUGCUUAAGUUUAUCAGACUGUGUGCUAAUGCAAUAUUAAGUAAAAAUAGACAUGUUCCCUGUACUUUUGGAGCUUAUAUUGAGGUAAAGAGACAGACAUUAAUAAAAUGUAUCACAAAUUUUAACUGUGAUAAGUGCAACAAUGGAAGAGAUACACAAUGCAAUGUGGUUACAUAAUGGGACAUUUCAAUUAGCAAGGCUAAGGAGUGUGCUUCUGAGAAUUUGAUGCUUGAGUUAAUAAUAUGGAAGGAUAAGCAGGAGUUAACUAGGGAAAGGGGAAGAAGGAGCAGCAGCUUGUGAAGAGUCUGUGACAGGAGGGAGCCAAGGGAGAAUGAAGGACCAAAGGAAGAGUGGUGUGAGUGGAGUGCAGAUAAAAAGGUGGCUCACUGUGAGGAUGGAGAGUGUGGCUAAGAGCAACUCAUGCAGAGUGGUAAAACUUGUUGCCUUUACUGUAGCAGCAAGUAGGUGAUUUCAGGAAGAUGGUGGAGUACAUGCAACAUGAUACAGUUCCUCCUUCAAAAAGCCAACACAGGUUGUGGGUAUAGAAAGAAUUGGAGGGAGGAGAGUGUACACCUGCCGUCUAAUUCAGGAUUUUUGGGACUUGGCAAAUGACAGAAAUGUAGUAAGAGGAAGAUUGGCUUGGAUAAUGUGAUUUCCAGCAGUUGGUAAAUCAGGUUUGUAAUUCCAACUCCUGCUGCCAGAAACUAUAGAUACAAUAUUGAUGAGAAGGAUGAUGAUGAUGAUGAUGAUGAUGAUGUUAAUUCAGUGAGAUAGGCCAACCCAUGCAGUUAUGUCUCCCUCAUGGGAAGUCUUAUUUGUUUGGCCUUAUUUGUUUUUUGCUUGCCUAUUUGUUUUAAUUUUUUAAUACAGCUACAUUCUUGAGAAGUAAGACAUAAAAAAUAAAAGCAGAUACCCUCAGUCCCUUCUCUCUGUGUACAGACACAAGCAGAUAAUCAUAUUUAGAUUUGGACAUGCAGACAACCUAUAUGUUAUUUUAUAUAAAUCAUGCCAUAAAUAUAAUUUUACAGCCUGCAUUACAAGCUCAAUUUUUAAGCAAAGUAUUUUCUUUAUAAUUUGAGGAGUGACCAUAAUUUAUUUAAUAGUUGCUAUUUUGAUGAACAUGUGUGUUACUUAUAAUUUCUCCCCAUUAUAUAAGCAUAAGACUUACAAGAAUAUCCUUAUGCAUAAAUCUUUUUGUCCUUAAUUGAUAAUCCCCUUAGGAUAAAUCAUUACAUGGAAUUAUUGGUUCAAUUGGUAUACACAUUUAAAAUUUCUAUCUAUUUUUAUUACUUUGCUUUCCAAAAAGUUUGAAACAAUUUCAUCUUUAUUAGUUUUGGAGUUAAAGUUCUUUCUUUUGAAGUGAUGUAACUAUUUUUUUGUUGUUUUUAGUGUUUUCUGGUACUUUAUUUUUUCAUGUUAAUGUAACAUUAAUACACACAGAAUAGAUUAAGUGUAGUUCAUAGAUACAAAUUCUAAGAAUAUAAUAGCAAUCCCUUCCCUAUUUACCCUAAUUUUUUGCCAAGAGUGGACAGUUUUCUUUCAUUAUGGUUAUUUUUUGUCUUUCUGACAGGCUAUUUCUUUGGCUUCUGUUUUUAAUUCAGUGUCAUUUUUCUCAAUGUCUUGGCUUCACAAUUUGGUGCAUUCAAAUUUUAGGAAUACAUAUAAAAUAAAGAUUUUUUCACAUAUUUCAGACAUUUACAUAUAUUUUCUUUACUGACUUUAGAGUAAUUUUCUUAACAGGAAUAUUGCAAGCAUUUUGAUGGAACCCUGCAAUUUACACUUCAAAGUUUUUUUUUUCCUGGUGUUAUUAUACAGAACUCUUAUUCUUCAAGACUAAACACUUUACAUUUUUGUUAAUUUUAAAAAACAAGUAGGUUUUAUGUUUUAGAACAGUUAUGGGUUUACAGAAAUAUUGUUUAAAGUUCCCAUUUCCCCUCCACCCUCCUCCCACACAUUUUCCUCUGUUACCAGUUCUUUUCAUUAGUGUGGAACAUUUGUUACUAUUGGUAAACCAGUAUUGAUACUCUAAAAUUUACUGUGGUGUAUAGAUUAUGGUAGGGUUUACUUAGCGUUUCAAACUCUAUUGGUUUUGGAGAAUGUACAAUGGCAAGUAGCUGUUGUUAUAGUUUCAACAUGAUAGGUUUUCAUUCUUAAAAAUCCUCUGAGCACCACUUGGUCGUCUCUUCUCACUGCUCCACCCCCACCAAUCUUUGGCAAAUAUAAAAUUGUUUUACUGUCUUUAUAGUUUGCCUUUUCCAGAAUGUCAUCUAGUUGGAAACAUAUGUAUGUAGCCUUUUCAGAUUGGCUUCUUUCAAUUAGCAAUAUGUAUUUAAGCCUCCAUGUCUUUUUUUUUUUUUUUGAUGGCUUAUUUCUUCUUACUGCUGAAUAAUCUUUCCAACCAUAGUUUGUUGGUUUACCUAUUGAAUGAUAUCUUAAUUGCUUCCAGUUUUUGGAAAUUAUCAAUGUUGGCAUAAACAUUUAUAUUCAAGUUUUUUUAGACAAAAUUUUUCAACUCAUUUAGAUAAAGUGCAGUUCCUGGAUCAUACAGAAAGACUGUGUUAGCUAUGUUAGGAACUGUCACACUGUCUUCCAAAAUGACUGUAUAAUUUUGCAUCCCCAGCAAAAAUAAAUGGGAGUUUCUAUUGCUCCUGAUCUAGCCAACAGGUUUUUGCCAAUGUUUUGGAUUCUAGCCAUUCUAAUAGGUAUGUUGAGGUGUCUCAUUGUAAUUUAAAUUUUCAGUUUCCUAAUGACAUGUCAUGUUGAGCUACUGUUCAUCUGCUCAUUUGCCAUCUGUGUGGCUAAUAAAUACAGUGUGCACUCAAUUUGUUUCAUUUUUAAAAAUCAAGUUGUUUAUUUGUUGCUGAGUCUUAAAGUAUUCUUUGAGUUUGGAUGCACAUCUUUUACUAAUGUGACUUCCACAAAAUUUUCUCCCAGUUUGUGGUUUGCCAUUUCUUUUUCUUAAUUGUAUGUUCUGCACAGAGGGUGGUGAAAAUAUUAAUGAAAUCCAAUAUCAAUUCCUUCUUUCAUGGUUCGUGCUCUUGGUAUUGUGUCCAAAAUGUUUUUGAAAAAUUGUGGAUCAUCUAAUUUUUUUUAUGUUGCCUUCUAUAAAUUUUAUAGUUUUGUUUUUUACAUUUAUACCUAUGGUUCAUUUUUAGUUGAUUUGUUGUUGUUGUUGUUAAAGUGGUAAGUCUGUCUUUAGAUUUUUUUUUGACACGUGGAUGUCCACUUGUACAAGGACACAUGUUUUUGUCCAUGAUUGGAGCCUUCAACCACCCUGUGUUACUGAUAUUAAGACAUAAAUGUGGCUAUAGGUUUAGGUGUAGAAUCGAAUAUUUAGCUACUCUGAGUAGCUUACAUGGAAGCCAUAAAAGUGAUUUUUAUUUUUACUGAGUCUUUAAUUUAGGAUGAGAUCAGUGGCAGGGACACUUCUACAGGUUCAGUGCAGCUAGUAUAAUGUUUUGAACACAUAAAAGACUAUUCAUAAGUUAGUGCAAAAUUAUCAGUGUGCCUAGAGGAAAGUAGCAUUUCUAGCAGCUGCCCUGGUCUUUCUCACAGAUUCUCAUUUUAAUCAAAUCUGUUAUCUUUGCUUUGUUGGUUUGCAGUGAACUUCAUUUAGUGUUUGAUGCUAGCAGCAGAAGGUUUUCAGGUAGGUGCCCUCAUUCCUGAUCCUUACCCUUGAGAGUGGUUCUAGUCUCAGUAUUACAAUUGGCAGCAAUACUUCAAAGAUACAUCUUUUUAAAUGUCUCCCACUUUAACCUUAGAAUAAAGAAUGUGAAGUAUUUCUGUCACUUCCUAAGCUUUGAUAUAACUUACAAUGGAAUACAAAAGACAUCAGAGUUUCAGUUCCUUUUAAUGUUUCUCUUCUAAUAGUUCUGUGAUAUGAUACCAUGGUGACAGGCAUCAAGGUAAUAUUUAGAAUUAAUGAUGCUUUCAGUUGAUUUAAAAAAAAGAAAUAUAUUUUAAUUCUUCUAGCUUUUUGGUUAAAUUAUCAUCCUGCAUAUAAACUAUUUUCCACAAUAAGUGAAUUGAAAAUACCAAUUUCAGGAAUCAUUUUCAUCCAUAUAACUACAUGCUUAUUUUUUCCCUAAAUUUAUUGGAUAGUUUUAGCCCAUGUUAUAAAAAGAAAGAGUAAAGCAGAUGGAUUGAGUAUUAUAAGUACAUCUUGUAACACUUUUGAUAUUUAGAAAUUAUCUUUGGAAUUACUGAGUUGUUUCAUAGUGUAUGCAUAAUUAAUAUUUAAAAUUUUUAGAUUUAAAUGGGUUAAAGUUUUAAUAAGCUUUUUAAAAUUUUAUUUAAGUUUUACAAGUUUCUUGCAUUUCAUAUAUACAGAUUUAGGAACAUAGUGACACUUCCCCCCCAUCCUCCCUCCUGCCCAUGCUCAAAAUUGAACUUUGAUAAGGAGGGACUAACUGUCCACUGAAUUUAUCUUCAUAUUUCCUUUACAGUUGAGUGAAGAAGCUGUGUAGAUUCCUUAUAGUACCGUUUGACUAUUUGUUUUCUAUUAUACUCACAUCCCACACUGCAGUUGCCCCUGGUUUCCAUUUUAUUCACUAGAUUGUUUCAUAGUAACUUCAUGAUGCUCCUUAGGUAACUUUUUCUGCAGUAUUUUGCUCCACACUCUGUAGUAUUAUGCGAUUAGUCACAAACAGGAUCUUGCUUAUAUUACUGUAGUAGUCAUUCUGUUUUGUUUUGUGGAAAGAGUCUUGAUGUCGAAAAGGCACUGCUAGCUGUCUGCUGUGGUUUGAGUGUAUCCUCCUAGGAUUUCUGUUUGGAAACUUAGUUGAAAAGGAGGUGCUGUUGGCAGAUGGUGUAGACUGUUUAAGGAGUCAAGUCUAGGACAGCCUUCAGGUCACUGGCGAUGCUAGUUCUGAGAAGGACUGUGGAAUGCCAGUGGUUCAAACUUCCUGUCUUGUGUUGCACCCUUUUCUCCCACACAUGCUUCCACCAUCCAGCAUGGGGCCUUGCUAGAGCCUGCAUCAUGCCAUUGGGACAUUCAGUGUCCAAAACUAUGAGUUACAUAAAUCUCUUUUUCUUUUGUUUGCUUUUUUAAAAUAUUGUGUUUAACUUACACAUUUCAUGUAUUUAACAUAUACAGAUUUAGGAAUAUAGUGAUACUUCCUUCCCCCCAACUCUUCUACCUCUCCCAUUCCCACUCUUAAUUUUUACAGAGAUCUACUCUCAGUUUACUUAAUGAUCAUAAAGUUAACCCUACACUAAAUAAAAGAGUUCAACAAAUAAUAUGAAAAAAAAAAAAAAACACUGUUCCUCAACGGAAGAGACAAGGACUGUAAACAAUCAUCAAAUCUCAAAAUGUCCAUUUCACGCCAAUACAUUACAUUUUAGGUACUCUAUUAGUUACCCCUGAUCAGGGAAAACAUAUGAUAUAUUUCUUUUUGGAACUGGCUUAUUUCACUAAGUUUAAUGGUUUCCAGUUGUAUCCAUUUCAUUGCAAAAGACUGGAUUUCUUUUUCUUUAUAAUAAUGAACAGCUGACCAAUAUACAUUAUCCAUGUGAUUUUUGAACAGACUCUUUACUAUCUCUCUACAAUGAAAUGUCUCAGUGAACUCAUAAUAUUUGGGCUCCUAAGUGAAAAUAGUGCUUCUUCACCCUCAUGUUUCUCAUCUCCCUGAAGAAUAAAGUUCAAAAUUCUUAACUUUGCAUCCAAAAUCAGUCACAAUUAUGGUUCAGACAACCUCUCAACGUUUAAAUUGACCCACCAACGUGAGGCUAAAAUUUCAGCCAAAGCCCAUUCAGACUCUUACCCCAUCUUGUACUCAAUCUCUAUUUGUACUUCUGCCGCUUAUAAUGUCUUGCUUCUGACAUGGCCAUUUGUUGAAAUGCUGGCAGUCCAGUAAACUCAUAUAACGUGCUGUCUCCAAAUUCCUGCCUCAAUGUAAUCAAGCCUAAAGUGAUUCUUUUCUUCCUGACAUUUGUAGGGUACUGAGAUUUUUUUACUUUAUUAUGAUACUCAACAGUGACUUCUUUGAAUUAUUGUUAACUGUGUGCAGAUCUUCUUUAAUAGAACAUAAAGUACUCAAAAGCAAGAUCAGUGUUACACUAAUGUGUGCUUAUGCACUUAGAAUUAUAUCAGACACAAAGAAAGCUUUCUAUAACCAUUUGAUGACCUAAAAUGUCACUUAUAUUUUAAUAUUCACAAUUAUCCUAUUGUUUCAAGAGUAUCUUAUAUAAAUAUGAAGAUACUCACAAAAACAUUAAAAGUGUCAAAAUUUGGUACAGUUGUGCUUUCUCUGUAUUGGCUCAGGGGACAUAUUAGACCAUCUCAGUAAUGUAGAGUACAUAUCAAUUGGAUAUUUUAAAAUUAUUAUUGUCUAGAAAAGUAUUUCAAAUUGGCUAACAGUAAAUGUUCCCUAUCAUAUUAGAAUUUGACAGUUCUACUUCCCAUUAAGGGAAUAAUCUGAUUCAUCAUUAGAUGAUACUUCAUUUUUUUUUUUUAAGAUUUUAUUUAUUUUUUUGAGAGGUCAAGUUACAGACAGUGAGAGGGAGAGACAGAGAGAAAGGUCUUCCUUCUGUUGGUUCACUCAUCAAAAGGCUGCAACGGCUGGAGCUGUACUGACCCAAAGCCAGGAGCCAGGUGCUUCUUCCUGGUCUCCCAUGAGGGUGCAGGCGCCCAAGCACUUGGGCCACCUUCUACUGCUUUCCCAGGCCACUGCAGAGAGCUGGAUUGGAAGAGGAGCAGCUGGGACUAUAACCAGUGCCCAUAUGGGAUUCCGGCACGGCAGGCUGAGGAUUAAUCUACUAUGCCACUGCACCGGCCCAAUACUUCAUUUUUAAAAACAUUUAGUUAAUUUCUAACCAAAAUGCAUUUCAACAUAUAUGGUUCUAUUGCAUUACUGGGUGAAUAGCCUUUUGUUUAGAAGAUGUUGAACAGAGAUCCAAAUAAUGUAUAAUAUCUCAUUUAUACCUAUGACCAAGAAAAGAGUCUUAACCUGAGUGCAUUUUUUAAUGUUUUCAGUUAUGUUUUACCUAAACCAUUUCUGACUGGAAGACAAUGUCCAAGGGAACAUUAUUAGUGAUAUUUUCCUUAUGAUAGCCUUAAUUUUACUUUUCUUUGACUGCAUUUCUGUUUUCAUCAGUUUUAUGAUAAUGUUCAUGAAAGAUAACUAUCAACUUCGAUAACACUAAUAGCAAGCAAGCCAUACACAGUGUGUACAGCACAACAGGGAGCAGUGCUUUUUCACAGUGUGUUUGUCUUUUAUUGGAGAUCAGGAAUACGUAAAGCAAAUAAAAAUUUUAUAGUUUCUUAGAGAAUUUGGAUGGUGUGUACAAAACAAUCUGGAUAUUCUAUUUUGUAUUAUAUUACAUUUAUAAUUUAUAUGUUCCAUAUAUUCCUUUUUAUGAUUCAAAUAUUUUAUUAAAAUAAAGGAAUAUAUUUAAGUGUAUUGUGUACUUCUAUUUAGUGGGAAAAACAUUCAAACACUCAAAUAUUCUCAGUUUCCUAUUUCAUGAAGGUAAGUUUAUUUAUUCUGAAAGGUAUUUGUAUGUUUCUCUCCAUGAUAAUUUCUUCAUGUUGUAUUGUUGAAAAUGUUUAGGAGAGUGCUACAAUGCAAAUUUUAAUAGUGUAUCUUUUAUCUGCCCUCAUGAUUAAUUUUAAGCUUACUGAGAAUAGUCUUUGGUACUUGAAAUUUUGUCUAAGCCUCAAGAGAAGAUAACAGCUGUACAUGGAUUUAGUUCAUGAUCUACAUGAAUUAGGUCCCACAACAAGCAAGAACAAAAAGAAGAUAGUUAAAUAACCUCAGAAAUAAAUUACGUGUGCAAAAAAUGAGGCGAUUCUAUUUAGUAUUUUGAAUUUUGUAUUAUAUAGUAUAAGAGAAUACAGAUAAAAACAGGUACUCUUGUCAUUUCUUUCUUUCUUUUUUUUUUUUUUUAGAUUUAUUUUAGUUGAAAGGCAGAGUUACAGAGAGAGAAGAGACAGAGACAGAAAGAUCUUCCAUCCACUGGUUCACUCUCCAAAUGCCCACAACAACCAAGACUGUGCCAGGUCAAAGCCAGGAGCUCUUUCCUGGUAACCCAUGUGGGUGCAGGAACUCAAGUUCUUGGAUCAUCUGGUGCUCUCCCAGGCACACUAGCAAGGAGCUGGAUUGGAAGUAGAGCAACUGGGACACGAACCAGCGCCCAUAAGGGAUGCCAGAAUUGCAGGCCACAGCUUUAAAACACUACGCCACAGUGCUGGCCCCUUGGCAUUUCUUACAUAUGUAUUUACAUAUGUCCCUGAAGUAUGUUUACUCCCUAAUUUACAAAUAACUGAUGACUUAGAUGAUCAAUAAGUUUUAUAAAUAAUUAAUGUGCUCAAAAUUUAAUUCAUUUUAUUGCUGUUAGAAACUUUUUUCUGUUAUUAAUCUCAAUAAAAUAUAUUUAAGAAAUGUCAUACAAUAUUAUGUUUUAGGAAGUCAGUUGAAGGAAUGGUAUGUGACAGUUUUGCUAAAUAUGUGAAUCUAGGCAGGAAGGAAAUCAGAUUCAGAAGAAUUACAGUGCUGUGCUGUUAUUUAAUGUUGUGGCUUCCAGUUUUUAAAGCAAACAUUUAGAAGGUUAGGCAUUUGGCCUAGUGGUGAAGAAGUUAUUUGUGAUGCUGGCAUUGCCAUACCAGAGUGGGGGUCAUAGCUGUGCUCCUUGUUCAAGCUGUCUGCUAAUGCAGAUUCUGGGAGGCUCAGGUGGAGUUGAUUCCCUACCACCCUUGUGGGAAACCUGGGUGUGUUUCCAGAAUCUCACUGAAGCCUGGCUUAGUUGUGGGCAUUUGGGGCAUUUGGGGAGUGAACCAGUGAAUGAGAAAUCUCCAUCUGUGUGUCUCUUCCAUUCAAGUAAAUUAAAUAACUUAACAUUUAAAAAAGAAAUCAGAAAUAACAUCAAAUUGGAGAGUACAAUUUUCUCAUUUUAUUUUUCAGGUUUUAAUUUUCAAUUUUUAUUUUGAUGCAAUAUAAACUAUCCAAAACAGUUUGGAGGACAGAUUUAUACACCCUAAUUACUUAUGGCAAAGCCAACCCUUUUGCAAACACAUCCAGGACAGGAAAUAGAUGUGCUAAGACUCUGGUAGCCACACUCCUUUUCUAAAUUACCAUCUGUUCCUCAGCCUCCUGUCAAUUUUUAUACUGACUUCAAUGUUCCUAAUAUAAUGUUGCUAAUCCCUUGGUUUACUUUAUAGUUUAAAAUCCUAUGUGCCCAUCGCUAAGCACGUUGGAGUCACCAUUUUUUGAAUAAAUGGAAUCACACAUUCAUUAUGCAUCCUUUCCUCCCUAGCUUCUUUCUCUAAACAUGAUGCUGGUUAUGCUAGCUGUUGGACACAGCUGUACUCUAAUCGUUUCCCUUGCUUUAUGGUAUUUAAUUUAUGGAUAUUUUGUAAUUUUAACUCCAUUAUAUUGCUUAUAGAUAUUUGAUAGUUUCUAUUUUAUAUUUCUGUCUGUUGGCUAUACAUGCAGGUGUGAAAUUGUUAGAUCUGUGUAUCUUCAGCUUUAGUAGAUCAUGCCAAACUGUUUCACAAAGUGGUUAUAACCAUAUACGCCCUACCAGUCUGAUGUAUUUCCAUUGUUUCACUCCCUACCAAUUAUUUGUCAGGUUUUUUAAAUGCUAGCCAUUCUGAUUGCUGUUUUUUGAUAUCUGGGUCUGGUCUUAAUUUUCUUAUCUGACUAAUUAGAUUGAGUUCCAUUUGCUCUUUUGUGAAGUGUUUUUUUUUUUUUUUUGUAGUUUGGUAUAACUGAAACACACACACACAUACAGAGUAUAAAAAUCCUGUAUUCACUGUGUGUGUUACAUGUGCUUUCUACCAGUGUGUGACUUAACUUUUCACUCCCUUAAUGCUGUAGGUUGGGAACAUAAAUUCUUAAAUUUAUGUAAUCCAGAUUACCAAUCCUGUAUUUCAUAGUUCUAUUUAUUUUGUCCUGUUUUAGAAAUGUUUCUCUACCCUGUCAUAAAGAUACUUUCCAAUACUAUAUUAUAGUUUUAUUAUAUUGCCUGUUAAACUUUAGAUUCACAGUUCCCUUGGAAUUGAUUUUUUUAUAUGAUGUGAGAAAUAUGUCAAGAUUCACUUUGUUCUUUGUGGAUAUUAAAUUGUCCUAGAAUAAUUUAUUGAAAAAGAUUCUUACUGUAUUGUAUGAAGUGCUAACUUGAGAAAAAUCAGUUGCCAAUAUAUGCAUGCUCUAAUAAUGGUCUCUGCAUUGUAUUUAUUUACUUUGUUUUAAUAAUUAUAUUGUUAGAACUCCUUAUUUCCAUUGAACAUGUCGUCUCAUCUUGUUUUUCUUUAGUAGGAUCUUUGUCAUUCUUGGGUCUUUGCAGCUCCACAUUUUGGUAUCAGCUUAUUUACAUGUGCAUGCACACAGACACAGAGUUAUGAUUUUAUUUGAAUACAAUUCAAUCCUUAGAGCAAUUAGUGAAAAAUCAACAUCUUUGAAAAAUUUUAGUCUUAGAAUCCAUGAAUGUGAUGCAUAUCUCAGUUGUUAGGUCUCCUUUAAUUUCUUUCAGUUAAAUGAUUUAGUUUUAUUUGUUUGUUUUUUCUAUAGAGAAAUCUGUCAUGUCUUCAUGAGUUUUAAGCUGGGUAUCUGUUUUUCCUGCUGUUGUACAUAGAAAUUUUUCAAAUAUAAAAUUGAGUUUUAUAAAUUAUACCCAGCAUUCUUAUAAAUCUAUCUAAAACAAAGAUCCUACAUGAGGAGUAAGUGCACAGUGACUCGUUGUUGACUUAACAAAUUGACACUCUUGUUUAUGGCAUCAGUAAUCAACCUAGGCUCUUGUCAUGAGCUGCCAAGGCUAUGGAAGCCCCCUGAGUUCACUGACUCUGAUAAUUUUUAGACAAGGCCAUGGUCAAAGUGGAAGUGAGAUUUAAUGCUAUAACUAAUACUCAAACAGUAUUUUUCACUUUAUGUUUCUGUGUGGGAGCAAACUGUUGAAAUCUUUACUUAAUGUAUGCUCAACUGAUCUUCUGUAUAUAAAGAGAAUCGAAAAUGAAUCUUGAUGUGAAUGGAAGGGGAGAGG